GCUAUAUUAAAUUCGUGGUCAGCCUGCAUGGUAAUCUUCAAGAGAGCUGAGGGUGUGAGCAAGGUGAAACGUACAAGAGAGCACCGCGGGCCAUUUCCAAGCCAUUCUGUAGACUAGGUAGGCCCUUUGGAUCCUGAGUCUUGAGCUCUUGAAUCGCGGUCAAGUGUUCGGUUGGAUUGCCACUGAUAUCGCUCACUCGAACUGCAAGUCCGUCUCGAAGCCCCAGCACACCAAGUUGCGAGAUGGGGUUUUGCUCAAAGAAUUCCCGCACAAAUUCUUGAGCAUAUCGCAGCGUCAGGAGGUAUCGUGUUGGUCGGAGGUCUUUUUCGGACAUGGAUUGUGAGAGGUCGAGGAUAAGAAUGAGAUGUCGUAUGAUACCUCGUUGUAGAGGCGUAGUAUCUUUGAGGAGCCUGCCCGCCCCAAAAGAAUGUCAGUAUUAAGAGACGAAGUGACACCGGAGCUCUUGCUGAACGAAUCUGACCUCUUGCGCUUGCUCGCCUCGAGAAGCCCCUCGACCGUCGAGCUGAUGGUUCCAUCGGCGCCUUCGACCAAGGACUCCCAAGUACGAGACAGCUCCCAUUCCGCACCUCCACGCUGCUUUCUCUUUCGCGGCUGAGUCUGAUCCGUCCGAGUCACCUGGAAAUCAUCUUCAUCGUCGGUGACGCUUCCCACAUAUUCCUCAUCCGAGUCGGCCAUGGCGGCGAUUCGCGGAGGUCCAAAGGAUGGUGCUAAAAUGGGUGGAGAGAAGAGGAAGAUAGUGUCAAAUGGCGCGGCAUGGAUUAGCCGCGAAAGAGGGUCCAAGCUCCGCCGGAGCUCCGUCUGUCGAGAUCUCUUCAGUUCGGCUCAACCAAGGGAUGGUGAGGAACCGAAAGACCAUUCGCUUCGCGCAACCCCAAGUCAACCCAAUCCCGACACUAGCCGUCGUUAAAGACGCCGAUGUGGGGGAGAAGAUCCAUUGCGGCGUCAAGACGCGCAGGCGUUGCAAUCCACGGCCGUCAAAUCACUCUCCGCCCCUCCCCCUCCGCUUUCUCUUUCGCUUCUGCUUCUUCCUCUUCUGCUUCCACAUCCGCCUCGGUCUUCUCUUCAAGAUCACCCCCUCGUCAAACUCCUCGUUUACGCUCUCGGCUUCCGAUACCUGCUCCCCGAGUAUCUUUCGGUUUGUCGCCCAUUAGACACUGUUCUGCUGAAGCUCGCAUGAUGGCGUCCACCGACAGAGAGACUCUUCCUGACGUUGCCAAGCCUAUUAACUAUCAUGUCUCCCUCUUCGAUUUGCAGUUCAGUGGCUCGUGGGGCUACAAGGGUGUGGUAAAGGUUGACGCCAAAAUCACUCGUGCUACAAAGGAGGUCGUCCUGAAUUCGAAGGAGAUCGAUGUGCAGAGCGCUGAGGUGCUAGGCAAGGAUGGGGCUUCAGUGGCCAAGACCACCGACAUCACCUACGAUAAGAAGUCAGAGCGUGUGACUCUGAAGUUCGCCGAGGAGCUUGCUCCUUCGGAUAUUGUGCUGUCUAUCAACUUUACCGGAACCAUGAACAACGCCAUGGCCGGUUUCUAUCGCUCCAAGUACAAGCCCGUCGGCGAGCCCGCUGCCGAUACCCCCAAGGAAGGGGACUUCUACUACAUGCUUAGCACUCAGUUCGAGUCCUGCGAUGCUCGCCGGGCCUUCCCUUGUUUCGACGAGCCGAACUUGAAGGCCACCUUCGACUUUGAGAUUGAAAUCCCCAAGGGCCAGACGGCGCUUAGCAACAUGCCUAUUAAGUCCGAGCGGGACGGUAGCAACUCCGGCCUCAAAUUCGUCACCUUUGAGAAGACCCCCGUCAUGAGCACUUACCUCCUGGCGUGGGCCAUUGGUGACUUCGAAUAUGUCGAGGCUCUGACUGAGCGCAAGUACCAGGGAAAGAGCAUUCCCGUGCGUGUCUACACUACUCGUGGUCUCAAGGACCAGGCCCGCUUUGCACUUGAAUGUGCCCACCGGACCGUUGACUAUUUCUCGGAGAUCUUCGAGAUUGAGUACCCUCUGCCCAAGGCUGAUUUGUUGGCAGUGCACGAGUUUGCCAUGGGAGCCAUGGAGAACUGGGGCUUGGUGACCUACCGGACAACUGCCGUUCUUUUCGAUGAAGGCAAAUCGGACAACCGGUAUAAGAACCGUAUUGCCUAUGUCGUUGCGCACGAGUUGGCCCAUCAGUGGUUCGGCAACCUCGUCACCAUGGAUUGGUGGAAUGAGCUUUGGCUUAAUGAGGGCUUUGCCACCUGGGUUGGAUGGCUGGCCGUCGACCACUUCUAUCCCGACUGGAACAUCUGGUCUCAGUUCGUUGCUGAGGGUGUCCAACAAGCUUUCCACCUCGACUCGCUCCGAGCUUCUCACCCUAUUGAGGUGCCCGUCCGAAAUGCUCUCGAGGUGGACCAGAUCUUUGAUCACAUCAGUUAUCUGAAGGGCAGCUCUGUCAUCCGCAUGCUCAGUGUCCACCUUGGCCGAGAGACCUUCCUUCGCGGUGUGGCUGAUUACCUCAAGUCUCACGCAUAUGGCAACGCCACUACUAACGAUCUGUGGUCUGCUUUGAGCAAGGCUUCCGGUCAGGACGUGCACAAGUUCAUGGACCCCUGGAUUCGCAAGAUCGGCUUCCCCGUUGUUACCGUUGCUGAGGAGCCUGGUCAGGUCAGCGUCCGUCAGAGCCGAUUCCUUUCCACUGGUGAUGCCAAGCCCGAGGAGGAUGAAACCACUUGGUGGAUUCCUCUCGGUAUCAAGUCCGGCGAGAACCUAGCUACCGUGGACACCCGGGCUCUCACCCAGAGGUCUGACACUGUGGGAGAUAUUGGCGCCGACGGCUUCUACAAGAUCAACAAGGAUCUGGCUGGAUUCUACCGGACCAACUACCCCCCUGCGCGUUUGGAAAAGCUAGGCCAGUCUCUUGAUCUCCUGAGCACCGAAGACAAGAUUGGUCUGCUUGGCGAUGCGACUGCCCUUGCUGUCUCUGGCGACGGCAACACUCCCGCCCUACUGGCUCUCCUUGAGGGCUUCAAGGAGGAGAAAAACUAUCUUGUUUGGUCCCAAGUGUCUUCGUCGCUCUCUAACCUCCGCUCUGUCUUCUCGCAGAAUGAGCAGGUUGCCGACGGCCUCAAGAAGUUCACUCGGAGCCUGGCUGCCCCAGCAGCUGAGCGCAUUGGCUGGGAGUUCCAGGCCAACGAGGAUUAUCUUAUCAUCCAGCUUCGUAAGCUUUUAAUCUCCAUGGCGGGUAACGCUGGUCAUGAAAACAUCGUCGCCGAGGCCAAGCGCCGAUUCGAUCUCUGGGCGACCGGUCAAGAUCAGACCGCCAUCCACACCAACCUGCGCGCCGCGAUCUUCAGCCUCAACGUGUCUGAGGGCAGUCGCAAGGAGUACGAUGCCGUCAAGGAGGAGUACCUGCGGACGGACUCCGUGGACGGCAAGGAGAUCUGCCUGGCCUCCAUGGGACGCACCAAGGACGCGGCUCUAGUCACCGAUUACUUGGACUUUGUCUUCUCGGACAAGGUAGCCAUUCAGGACAUCCACAGCGGUGCGGUGGCUCUGGCCGCUAACUCCAAGGUGCGCCACCUGCUGUGGGAGUACCUCAAAACGAACUGGGAUUCGGUCUCUGCUCGCCUUUCCUCGAACAACGUUGUCUUUGAGCGAUUCAUCCGUAUGGGUCUGUCCAAGUUCGCUGACCACACGAUCGGCGAUGAUAUUUCCGAGUUCUUCAAGGGUAAGGACACGGCUGCGUAUGACCGUGCCCUCGUCAUUGUCCAGGACAACAUCCGGACGAACGCAUCCUACAAGGAGCGAGACGAGGCUCUGGUUCUGGAGUGGCUGAAGGCCCAUGGAUACGCGUAAAGAGAGGUCUGAAUAGAAACUGAAGAAUGGUUCGCUGGCCUGCUUCAUAAGCCCAAUAAUUGAGGGCUGGUGUUACUUGUGGAAUCGUGUGGUAGGAACAAAAAGAUAUGAAUGUGAGAGAUAAGCGACCCCAAUGUGACAAUCAUCUUCACGAUCUCUUCCCAUAACGAGCGGCGGUCACCUGCCAGGAGUAACUCCCACGAGGCUGCAGGAGGAGCACGGGAUCAGCCACAGCCAGACUGGUGAAUGACGCACUUCGUCAUAGUAUGUAGUAUUACUUGGCGACCAAAGUUGAGUAGUAGUAGAUAUACAAGCAAGGAAGAGAAAGUAUAGUUUUUAAAAUUAAGAAAGUCUCGAG